AUGACAGAGCUGGUGUCCUCCAGGGGAGGGUCUCCUACGGGGGACGGGGAGGAGAGUCUAGGGGACGAUCAAGGUCUGGUUAUUCACCACCCAGCGGAGGAACAGUCCCACCGCUGCCCACUGUGCGGCCAGACCUUCUCCCAGCAGCCCAGCCUGGUGCGGCACCAGAAAGCGCACGUGGGGGCGGGUCGCACCGCCGCCUUCGUGUGUCCAGAGUGCGGCAAGGCCUUCAGUGUCAAACACAACCUGGAGGUGCACCAGCGCACACACACCGGCGAGAGGCCCUUCCCUUGCCCCGAGUGCGGCCGCUGCUUCAGCCUCAAGCAGAACCUGCUCACGCACCAGCGCAUCCACAGCGGCGAAAAGCCGCACCAGUGUGCCCAGUGUGGUCGCUGCUUCCGCGAGCCGCGCUUCCUGAUCAACCACCAGCGCACCCACGCGCGUAUGCCCACGCCGCACCCGCGCCGUCCCGGUGUCUUCGGGGAGCGGCGACCCUACUUCUGCCCCCGCUGCGGCAAGAGCUUCGCACGUGAGGGCUCGCUCAAGGCCCACCAGCGCAGCCAUGGCCAUGGUCCUGAGAGCCAGGCGGCCCAUUUAGGCCGCGUGCUAUGA